CAACUCCUUGGCUUUCCCGGUUGCCCGUGCUGAGCGCAAGCUGUCCCAUUCUUGGCGAGUGGAACGUUCCCCGCCAUGGACUACGCAGCUAUGGUUGACACACUGCUGGUGGAGAUGCGGCGCCAAUUGUUGGAGGCCCACGAGAUUUGUCAUGCUCGGAACGAUGACAGCAAGAGCGUUUCAGCCAGUAGCAGCCUGAGACGAACCAUGUCCAGAAAGGCAUCGAGUUUGCCUUCUGAAGUUGCAGCACCGUGGAACGAGUCAGGAGGACUUGCAUUGAAGUCUCCCAGGGAAGGUGAACGUGAAGCUGGUGACCCGUACCACACUCCAUCGAUCGAGUCAGUGAACUCAGGGGAAGUGCAUGGGGACGUCAACGCCUUGCUGCGCAGCGGCCUCGCGGACAUGAGCGAAGCCGAGACCGCCAAAGUGAAGCGGCGCUUGCGACUGCGUUUAGGAGCCUUGUCUACCUCGAAGUUGGUGUCCGGCAAGGGCCUUCAUGAAGCGGUGACCGUGUUGGGUUUGACGCGCUACAGCGUGGAGGACAUGAACAGCUUCGUGAAUCUCUUGGCGGACUUCAUCCACCUGGAGUUCGAUGAUGAGGUGAGUGAACAGGACAACGACUUCUAUCAAUCGGGCGAGAUGCCAGAUCCACGACGACAAGAAACCGUGGAGGACGUGGAAGUAGAGGUGGACGAGUUUGAGCAAUUUGGGCAUCCAGUCUGGGAAUGGCCUGACCCAAACAAAGGAAGUGACGCCACUCCAAAAACGUUCCAUUCGUCAAAGACCGUGAGGAACUUCACCAUCGUGGAACCUUUGGCCUCACGUCACUACAACGUGGUGCCGGCCAAAGCUCUCAUCGAUGUUCUUCUGGCCAAGGAGAUUUUGCUGGCAUCUGACACGAAUCGCUUGGUGGCGGAGCUGACUUUUGUGCGGAUCAACGAUUUGGCUGCCCCAGUGGAGAAGAUGAGCUUCCUCAUGUACUUGGAGCCGUUUGUUGCCAUUCUGAUUGUGGCGAAUGGCAUCAUGAUCGGGUUCCAAACAGAUCCUGAAUAUGCAGAUUGGCCAGGAUUUAUAUACUUUGAGGCUGUCUUCGGCGUGUUCCUGGUUCUCGAGAUCCUUUUGCGGAUGCGGAUUUUGCGAUGUCGGAAAUAUUGGUGUGGUCCUGACAGGUAUUGGAACUGGUUUGAUCUAGUACUCGGGGCCACUGGUGUAGCGGACCUGGCCAUCCAGCUCCUAACGCAGGGCGGUGGUGUUGAGGGCACCUCGUUGUUGCGCUUUUGCCGACUGAUUCGCUUGGUCCGCAUCGUGAAGGUCUUUCGAAUCAAGGCCAUGAAAGAUUUGCGGCUCAUGGUGAAGGGCCUGGUCGCAGGGAUUCGGACUCUGGCUUUGGCCUUUAUGCUCCUCUUCGGAGUUCUCUAUGUGAUUUCAGGCUUUGCGACCAUCGCCAUUGGAGAGAACGACAUGGCAAAGCGGGAGGACUUGGCAAAGUACUUCGAGAACAUCCCGAUCUCCAUGUUCACCGCCUUUCGCUGCUUCACGGGCGAAUGCGUAAACAACGAAGGGAAACCAAUCCAUUCGAUCCUUUUUGACUACCUGGGUUGGCCGUUCAUUUUCUCCUACAUUGCCAGCUACAUGCUUGUGACGAUGGGCAUUUUCAACGUGAUUCUGGCAGUCUAUGUGGAUAUCACGAUGAAAGCGGCCAAGGAGAACGACGCGCAGACGGCGGAGCAACACUCACGGGAAUCGGUGCGAGUGGCCCGCUGCACCCGCGAGUUGUUGAAGAAGUUUGCUGGUGCAUACCACACGUAUCACGAAGAGGACAAGAAGAAGGGCAAGCGCAGCUCACAAUCCAAGAAGAUCAAGAUAAGUACGGCUGGGGGGCUUUACACAGACGUCGGCGACCACGAGUCCAUAGCGAUCACCAAAGACUUGUUUUUGCUGGUCAUUCAGGACCGAUCGGUGCAGAAGUUGAUGGAUGAUUUGGAUUUGCCACAUGACCGUGCCAACUUGUUCGAGAUUAUAGAUGCAGAUGGGAGCGGCACGCUUCAGAUCACUGAACUUUUGCACGGGCUUCUGAAAAUCAGAGGCGAUAUCUCCAAGAGCGACACCAUCGCGUCGUACCUGGCCACCAAGGCGGUUCAGAACAUGAUGAUCGAGCACAAGGAGGCUGCUGCCAAAGAGUUUGCGCAAUUCCAGCAGCAGUUCUUCCAAACGCUACAGAUCAUGGACAUGAAGAUCAAUGCCCUUUCAGCAGAUCAAAACGCCCCCAAUGGCCGGUCUGGCGAUCAAAGUGGCGAGUUGGACAUGGAGGCACUGUUGGAGAAGUUCACCACGUUCGAGAGCGAUCAGAGGAGUAUGCUGGCCAGUGUGGACUACGAACUGUGUCACGGCCUUAAGCUGCCUGUGAAGCCAAGCGUCCUAGAAGAUGAAGAGAGAGAGCCGCCUCCUCCGUGGACGGGGAAUGCUUUAUCGAGAAGUGCUGACAGUGACGGAGAACAGCAAUCCGAAUAUCAUCCCCUUGAAUCUCCUGUGAAUGCUGCGUCUUGAGACGUGAAUGCUGAGGCAUUGUGGGUCAUUCGGAG